AUGACUGGCCUUGGGUUGCUUCAGGUGAAGUUUUGGUUCCAGAACAAGAGAACCAACGUAAAGCAUUUAAGUGGCAAAGAAGAGAACUACAGGUUGAAAGUGGAGAAUGAAAUGCUGAGGGAAGAAAACUACAUCUUCAAGCAGGCUCAGAACAAUCCUCUCUGCCCCAGAUGCACUAAUGAUCCAGGGUACCUUGAGCUCAUCAAAGAAUUGGAACAGGUGAAAGCAUAUAAUCGGAUGCUGCAGCAACAGUUGCAGAUGUACAUCGACAAUGAAGCCCGUCUGACCAUGAUUUCGCCUACCGGCGUAUUCCAUCAUGGGUCCUCGUCCGGAAAUGCCUUUGCAAUGCAAGAUGACGUUCAAGCGCUUACUGAAGUAGCCAUGAACGCGGCGCAUGAGCUUUUCAUUCUGAGUGACCCCAGCAGCCCUCUGUGGCUGGCUGUACCCGGUGGUUCAUUCCAAGUACUGAACAGGAUGGCCUACGCCCAAACAUUCCCCGGGCAGAUGAGUGUAGGUGCCAUGGCCAUGGGGUUGACGGUAGAAGCUACCCGUGCCAGCGCUGUGGUCAUGCUGGAUGCUAAAAGCAUUGUGGAAUUUCUGAUGGAUAGUGGGAGCUUUGGGGCCUUCUUCCCUGGACUCAUGUCCGGCGUAGCGACCAGCACUAAGGUUUACAACUGGCCUCAGAACAGCGAGGCAGGCUACGAUGGGGCUAUGCAGCUGGUAUGA